AUGAAGAACUUCCUCGGCCUUUUCAAAGGCAAAAAGGCCGCCCGCCAGCCUGCCGCAGUCCCCGCGGCGGAGUCCUCAGAUUCAGUGAAAAUCGAGGCCAUCCAGCUCAUCGCCGAGGUCUGCGUGAACCGUCCCGCGGACGAGGAGGUCCACAUCAAGAUGGUGUUCAAUGAGGCUGGCGAGAUGAUGGCAUGCAAUGUCGAUCACUACAAGGAAGAGGCGCCGCAGGGGCUCUCCACGACGUCCACGCUCGUGGAGAAGACCGUGUCCCCGCGGCUUCCUAAGCCAGCCUCCCCCCUCCUCCCCGCGUUCUCGCAGGCGCUCCCCGUCGCAGACCUCAAGCGCGCCGCCCUCGCACGCGUCGCCGCUGCGUCUCCGCCGCCCACGCUCCGCACCGAGGACUUCCGCGUCAUGAAGGUCCUCGGUAAGGGCGGUCAAGGCACUGUGCUGCUCGUGCAGUACAUCGUCGAUGGACGGCUGUAUGCGCUCAAAGUGACCAGGAAGGCCGCGCUCAACAUUCGCGAGUACCCGUUCGCGUUCCAGGAACAGGACACGUGCAAGACCCUGGCGGGCAACCACUUCUUUGCGCAGCUGCGGGCUAGCUUCGAAGACGAAGAUUACUUUUACCUUCUUUCGGACUUCUACCCUGGAGGUGACCUCACCUCCCGCAUCUACAAUGUCAACAAGCUCGAUGUCGAUCAGGCGCGUAAAUACUGCGCGCAGCUCAUCCUGGCUCUGGGAGAGCUGCACAGCCGGCGCAUCAUGCACCGGGACAUCAAGCCGCAGAACGUCCUGAUCACGACCGACAACGAGCUUGUGCUCGCCGACUUCGGCCUCACGCGCAUGUACGGCCAGGCGCCCGCGGACCAGCCGUGGCGCCUGCAGUCGUACUGGGAACACCCUGACUACGUGUUCAUGCCGCACGAUGAGGCGACCGGCGAGGCGAUCGACGCGACCCGCCGCUUUUGCGGGACGUUCCCGUACAUGGCCCCGGAGGCCAGCACGGGCGAGGCGUAUUCUUACCCUUCGGAUGUUUGGAGCAUGGGUGUUGUGUUCUUUGAGAUGCUGAACGGCAGGCUUCCGUUCGGGAUCGACGGUGACGUUGACCGCGACCAGAGAACUAUUGCGACGCGUGUCCGGAUUGGAGUGGUGGAGGUGAAUGAAGAUGUAGAUGUAGAUGCGCAUGAUCUGCUUUACAUGAUGCUGGAGAAGGAGCCAUCAAGAAGGCCUUCUAUUGAGCAGAUCAAGGAGCACCCUUGGUUCGCCUCGAUCGACUGGAACCAGCUCUCGCAACGCCAACAGCCUCGGCCCAUCAGGCUGGCCGAAGGUGUUAAACCAUCAAAGGAAGCUCUGGGAGUCAAGUUUGGCACCCAUUACCCGGAGGGAGACGUCCCGCACCCGUGGUACCAAUGGAUCUCGCCAAACCUGCAGACUCGCAAGCCCUCUACCAAGCGCUCGCGCAAGACAUCCACAACCCUCACAUCUCCCAUGCUAUCGGCCUACCCCCAGCCAGCCGCCCCGUUGCCGCCCUCCCUCGCGGCAUACUUCGCGCCCCGCGCGCUCCCUGCAUCCCCAGCGUUCCCCGCAUUCUUCGCACCGCCCUCGCACAGCGGCCGCACUCUCGUGCGCCCCACGCCGCCCGCCUCUGCGCGCUCUCCAGCAUCUUCGACCUUAUCCACUACACGUCCGAGCUAUACAACUGCCCCGGUCUGCAUGUCCCCGUCAGACCGGCCGCGACCGUGUAUGCGUCCUGCUCCGGCAGGGCCAGACGCCCGACCGCCCCUCGGUCGGCGCGUCCGCUCCGUGGACCUGGAUUCGCCGUUCGUCGUCGAAGAUACCCGUCCCGCUCUGGAGACCCCGCAUGCGGCCGGCGUUGUCAACGUGGACACGCCCGCUGCCCCCGCUGUGCACCCCGCCCCCGCGCGGAAUGCCCUGAACGCUGUCGCCAAUAUGGAUGCCCCUCCCCGGGACGCCCCCCGCGUGAGGUAUGCCCAGAGGGGCUACGACCUUGUAGCCCCUUCCUGGGACGCCCUCAAGCUGGCCGCCGAUAGCCUGCUCAUCGGCGAGUGGCCCGCCGCGCGCCUCGCGGCGGCUCCCACCCACUCGCUGAUGAUGACGGAUGUGACGCGUGUCGACUCCCCCUUCGACACGCGGACGUCUGAAAGUACGCGCGCGACGACGCCUGAGCACUCCAAGUCCGGAUCAUGGACGCGGAGUGCGCUCGCACCCAAUGCGCGGGAACGAUGCCCAUGGGUCGUUCCCCGCUCGCGCGCGUCUCGGUCAACAACGCAAAGCACUCUCGACCUCGCACCAAGCGCGAAGGAGCGCAGCCCGUGGGCCGCUCCUUCCUCCCGCCCGCGCUUACCCGAGUCGAGGACGCCGAGCCUUGUUGACCUUGCGCCGAAAGCGCGGGAACGCUGCCCGUGGGCCGUUCCCCGCUCGAGCCACGGUGGAGCGUAAAGCUCUGCUGAGUCUGUGUCGCGGUCUUCUCUCCUGAGGAGACUGACGAUGACUUCCACCUUGCCUUUAUGGCAUAACACGGCUGCUGUUGCGGUCCAGCUGGCGAAUCAAGCCGGUGAUAGAAGGAGAGAGGAGGAUGGGGAUGGAUGGAUACGCGCACGCAAACGCACGCCCUGGCAAGACGGGCCUCUCUGGUCGGAUCACCAUUGCUGGGCCCCUCGCACUGUGGGACCCUCGAGUCGAUCUCCGAUGCCGCUUACUGGUCACGCUCUCGCUCUCGACGACAACUUGCAGCUCGCCGCCCACGCUCUUCGCGCGGCAACUGCUCUCGAG